UUAGCCAGUAGUUGCAGUUUAGACUAGGCUACUCGUUGUUCGUAUUGCCGAUCAAAUCACAGUUGCAACGAGCUUUACUUUGUUCGCCUGUAUAGUUGGAACAUAAUUUCACGCUUUCCCUCAAAGCAUCGUCUGGCUUGAGAUGAUGACGAUCGACGAAGUGGACGAGCUGGAAAUUUCUUUCACCGAGCCAAAUCACCACUUGAUUUGUUACGAAUCUCGUUUUCUUGAAGAUUUCGAGCCUGUCCGUUUGCUGGGGCAAGGUGCUUUUGGUCUGGUCUUUGAGGCCCGCAAACGCAUCGAUCAAAAGUACUACGCUGUCAAACGCAUCAAACUGCCGUCCGAUGAAGAGGCCAGAGCCAAAGUCAUGAGAGAAGUCACGGCCCUGGCCGAGUUAAACCAUCGCAAUAUCGUUCGCUACUUUCACGCUUGGAGGGAAUUCCCUCCAGCCGGAUGGCAGGAAAUGCAGGACGCCAGUGAGCUGGCCAAAUUGACGUCGUCGUCCGAUGGUGAUGGCCUAUAUCGGGGUGGCCUUUUGAAUUUCACUUCAACCGAUGAAACGGUGGACAAAAGUGAAUCACCUCCACCGUCAUUUGCUUCGAUAUUCGGUGACCCCAGCCAAUCACCAGCUCGACCCCAUAACCAUCAAAGCUCUUCGUCGGCAAUACCCGCCGAUCUGACGACUCCGAAGAACACGCUGAAUAGGAACUGCAACAAGUACCUGUACAUCCAGAUGGAACUGUGCCGGAAGGAGAGUUUAGCCGAGUGGUUGCUGCCGGAGACACGAAAGCCCGCACACGACAUUUACCAAAUGUAUCGUGAAAUUCUCGAAGCAGUUGCCCAUCUUCAUUCUAAGGGCUUGAUUCAUCGCGAUCUCAAACCGUCCAACAUUUUCUUCGCCACGGAUGGGACGAUCAAAGUGGGCGACCUAGGACUAGUCAAAGACAUAAUGACGCAUGACGACAUCCAGCAAAACGAGGAAAGGCCGGAGGUUGUUAGCCAGGGCCGGAGGUUGUUGACGUGCAAGAAUCACACGAACCAAAUCGGCACUCGGCUCUACAUGAGUCCCGAACAAAUCGCGUCCAAACCGUACAACCACAAAGUCGACGUUUACGCCCUGGCCAUCAUCCUGUUUGAACUGCUGGUCGAGUUCUCUACCGGUGCGGAGCGUGCCCGUGUCAUACCUGAUUUGAAAACGUUCCAAUUCCCGCCGAACUUCAAAAGUCAAUACGGCAACAGAAUGGAGCAAUUGCUGAUCGAUAUGCUAUCAGUCGAUCCCAACAGACGGCCCGAAGUCAAAGAUAUUCUUUCACAUCCGUCCAUUAGAGUCAAGUUAGAGACGACGAGUAGGAAAGCUAAGAUCACGCCGUUCAAAACCAAUAACCAAACGGCGAAUGCGCUAGUCAAGAGGAAAUACUACAAGCUGUUGGUGAUUGGAGACCAGAACACGGGCAAGACCUCCAUCAUCCACCGUUACGUGCACGGAUUGUUCCGCGACAGAUACGAGGUGACGGUCGGGGCGGGUGUUAAUCUCAAAGAAAUCACGUGGAACAACAAGGAUGCGUUGACAUUGGAAUUUGUCGAUAUAGGAGGUGAAGAGAGAAGUCGAUUCAUGACGAGCGCCUUCUACAGGAAAGCGGUCGGUGCUUUUGUCGUAACGGACGUGACCCAACCCAACGGUUUCGAAACAGCCACCUUAUGGAAGAAAGACCUGGACAUGAAAUUGAGGAUGCACGACGACAGUCUCGUGCCCUCUGUUCUCUUAAUUAACAAGUGCGACGGAGAAGCGGAAGACGGGAAACGUUCAAACACUGAAUUGAAUCCAGUCAAGGUGGAUCACUACUGUCGCCAACACAAGUUCAGCGGAUGGUUCGACACGUCGGCCAAGAACGACAUCAACAUUGAAGAAGCUGUCCAGUUCCUCGUUGGCAAAUUUGAUGGGACGUGCAGGUGCUUGCCAGCGAGACGAACGAAACGCAAGUGGCCAUCAGCAACGACGACCUCCCCAACAUUUCCUUGACAUCGAAAGUGAACCGCAAUAAGAAGGCCAGCUGUUGCUGAUUGAAUAGCAUAUAUGUAUUGAUAGAUAUACGUAGACCUACGCGUCGUUAACGGUAAUGAUAUAUUUAUAUGUAACAGAGUGACUGAUAUAGUAGUCAAGUAAGUUCUUGCUGGUAUAUAGACGUCGAAGAAUAAAAUGGAGACAUUUACAGUA